AUGGCACCCGAUCGACCCCCCUUCCCAACCUACCUCCUGCCCUCCUUCCCCCUCCCAUUUCGACAACGACACUCCUCUACAACAAGCACAACCUCCACUUCCUCUGAACAAUCUCUGAGCGCCUCCCCAUCCUCAUCUGCAACCACCACACCCAGCUCCUCGCCUCCCAACCCUCACUACAUCCCUUCCUUCCUCACAGCUCACUCCUCCCUCACAAGGAACCUCCAAACCCCCAAAUCCACAAACAAACCCCACGAACCAAAACCAACCCUCCACCGCACAGCACCAAACACGCUUAAAUGCAUAACCUGCGCCUCAGACCUAGCCUUCACCUCCCAAAUCGUCUCAAAAGGCUUCACAGGCCGCCACGGACGCGCCUACCUCGUCGCACCCCCUCCCUCCUCGAUCCCAGCCCUGAAAAAGUUCAAGCCGACACAACUCAUAAACACGAGGGUUGGACGGUCCGUCAAUAGGGAUUUGCUGACGGGCGCUCAUGUUGUUGCGGAUGUGACGUGUACGAUUUGUGGGACGGUGUUGGGGUGGAAGUAUGUGGAUGCUAAGGAGCUGGCGCAGAAGUAUAAGAUUGGGAAGUAUAUACUGGAGAUGAAGCGGGUGGUUGUGGGUGUUUCUUGGGAGGUGGGGAAGGAGGAUGGGGAAGCGAAUGAGUUAGGGGAGUGCGUGGAGGUGAAUGCGGAUGCGGUUGUUUUUGAUAGCGAGGAUGAGGAUGAGUGUGAGAAACUGUUUGAGGGGAUUUGGGACCCUGAUAUUGUGGCUAAGAGGAGGGCAAGAAAGGUGGGUUUGAUGAAGAAGGGUGGCGGGGUCUGA